CUUUUUUCUAGUUUCCACAACCAGGAGUGACUUUACGGCGUUGUUACAGAUUCACAUGGGUGGAUCCGUUAACUCGGACUCUCCUACCCCCCAUGGUUGCAUCUGAAUUCCACCGGUUCAUCUUCAGCUCAAGCAAUAUACCUUGGUCUUUUCUCAGGGCACAGAUUUCUUUAUGGUAUUUGGUCUCAAAUCCAAGCCAAAACAGCACCCUAUCCUGUCUUUUUCAACACAAUCGCCCUAUCGCCUACCUUCUCAAAAUACUUCCAUACCAUUGGACAUCGGUCAAAUCCCCUCCUUGCAGACAGUAGUACCCCAAUCAACAAAAGAUGGAUGAAGCUCUCGAUCAUGUCAAAGAUCUCGCCAAAUGUCUCGAUGAAGACAAUCGCGGCAGGCUGGUGAAUGAGCUGCGCGAUCUCAUUGUUUCACUCGAGCCGGAGGAAGAUGCUGUUCAGCGCAUCACUUUUGCUCCCCUCGAGGUCUAUGGGGCGAGAAUAGGCGUUAGGCUGCGUCUGUUUCAUCUGCUCGCCUCGAGUGACUCGGGCAUCCAUCUCGAUCGGCUGGCCAAAGAGAUCUCUCCUGACGAAAUAUUGCUUGGCCGGAUUAUGCGCUAUCUCGCGAGCGUCCGUAUGAUCACAGAGCUCGGACCCGAUCUCUUUGCAGCGAACAAGAUGACCUGGACUCUGGCCUCUCCCAAAGGCGAAAGCUAUAUCAAUACCUACUACGAGCUAAUCCUUCCCGUGAUGGCCAAGCUGCCCCCGUUCCUCGAGCGAACUGGCUAUGACAAUCCCACAGACUCUCUCAACCUGCCUCUGCAUGACGCGUUCGGCUGCAAAGGCGACCUGUUCGCGUUCCUGAAAGCUCACCCGGAGAAAUGCGCCAUGUUCCACAACCACAUGCAUUUCCAGAGAAACCAGACCACCAACUGGGCCAAGCUUGUAACCGUCCUUCGCAGUAAGGGAACAGCAACAGACGAGGUCUUGUUUGUGGACGUUGGCGGGGGCACCGGCCAUCAGUCCCAGCGGGUGCUCCAGUACGAUCCUGACAUUCCCGGUCGAUUUAUCCUUCAAGACUUGCCCCAGGUUAUGGAGAGUGCCCCCACCAUCCCAGGGGUCGAGAAGAUGUAUUACAAUAUUUUCGAAGAACAGCCGGUCAUAGGUGCCAAGUUCUACUACUUCCGAGGAGUUCUCCACGAUUUCCCUGACCGCAGCUGUCAUUCAAUCCUUCAGAAUACCGCAAAAGCAAUGCGCAGCGAUUCAACUCUCCUUCUUGAUGAGAUGGUUCUGCCCAAUAGUGGGAUUAACUGGAUGGCUACGGCCAUGGAUUUGCAGAUGAUGGCGAACGUAGGGGCGCAGGAACGGACUCGCGGGGCCUGGGCCAAACUACUGGAAUCUGCGAAUCUGGAGCUAGUUGACGUUCAGUAUCACGGGUUGGACCCAUACCAGGCCCUAAUCGUUGCGGUUAAGCAGGGUGAGGGAAGGGUUUAGUGGUGGUUAUUGGUCGGUGGUUUGACAAUGUUGCUUUUUGUACUAUUAUUACAACAGAUUGAC